AUGGAGUUUAUCGAGCCCGUGGUGGCCACGCCUGAGCCGUCAUCCCCUAAAGUGGAGCUGGAAACCAAUAAGCACACCGAGGAAGCCAUCCACCAAUUGGAAGACGAGAUCGAUAAAGGGUAUACCGCGGUGGAACAGCGGUUGGCGGCGUUAUGGACCAGCUACCAAAUGGACGCCAAAACCAAGCAAUUGGGCGAGCUGUUAGAAGGCCCGAGGGCUCAGCUUACUGAGGAGAUUGAAAAGCGACGGGUGCAGUUGACAGAACAGUUAAAACUGGCGCGGGAACUGGACCAAGUGAAAGAGCUUGAAAAGAAGCUUUCUGAGCUUCCCAUCACUCAGGCGAAGGAGAAUUUGAAUAAGGGGCUUGACGCCGUUGAUUCCCAGUUGGAAAAGAUUGAAAAUGCCGCCAUGGGCUACGUGCUGCUGUUCACACUGUUUUUACUGAAAGUGGUUACCGUGGAGCCAGAACAGGACGAAACUACCACGAAAGAGACGUUAUUUUCAAGGGAAGAAGAUACACCUAACUUUAUGAAACACUACGGAACCCUGAGAUACGAACAGGAGUUGUAUAAACUUCACACCGAUACUAAAUUGUACACUAACCCCAUUGAAGAUGAAGAAGCUACCAAUAAAGUUGAUGUCGAGGGGAAGACGGAGGAUAUCACCGGAUUACUCGCUAAGUACCCGGCGUUACAGCACACGAUGCUGCUGGUGCUGGCUACCGUCAACUAUAAGACGUUCUGGACGCGCUACUAUUACCAUUUCGCUCAAUUGGAAGAGAACGAAAAGAAGCGCCAAGCGCUUAAGGGAGACUUGAAACUGACUGGUGACGACGACGACGACGAAGACUUUACCUGGAGUGAUGAUGAUGACGAUAACGCUGGAGAAAGCGCUACGAAAACUGAGGAAAAGAAGUCGGUUUUACUGCUGGAAAAGCAGACCCCCGACACUUCAAACGAGGAUGAUGACGACUGGGAAUAG